GCCAAGAGAAGGAGCUGACCCUCACAGCCACCAGUGUGCCCACCCUCAUCGACCAUCCGCUGGUACGCGGACCAGCAUUCACCAGCCUGAAGGUUGGCGUGGGACACCGACUGGAUGCCCAGGCAUCUGGGGUGCUUGGAGUGAAUGGAGGGUCAUUCUUUCCUUCAGCCAGAGGGAGAAACAGACCCAGGGAAAGGCAGGGAGUGGCCACAAUGCCCCCGUUGAUUUGCCGACUGCUUCCUUCCGGUGCAUUGCCCCGAUCACCACAACACCCACAGGGAGCAGACAGUAUUUUUAUCCCCGUUUUCCUGAUGGGGAUCUGAGACCCAGGGAGCUUCAAGGACAUGCUUAGAGCCACCCCAGUGCUCGGCGUGGGACACGGACGCAGGCUCCUCACCGACAUGUACAACGCUCACCUCACCAAGGAUUACACAGUACGCGGCCUCCUGGGCAAAGCCACAGAUGACUUCUGUGAGGAUGGGCGGCUGGUGGAGAAGACGACAUAUGACCACGUGACCAGAGAGAAGCUGGACCGAAUCCUGGCCCUGAUCCAAGGUUCCCAUCAGAAGGCUCUGGUGUUGUACUCCAACCUUGAUCUGCAGACCCAGGAGGCCUAUGAGAUGGCCGUGAGCAGUGUGAUCCGGCCCAUGAACAAGUCCCCGAUGCUGAUAACUGGCAUCCGAUGCCUCCAGUUUGCGCCUCCAGAAUUCCUCUUAGAGGUGCAGUGCAUGCAUGAGACGCAGAAGCAGCUGCGAAGGCUGGUGCACGAGAUUGGCCUGGAGCUGAAGAGCACCGCUGUCUGCACCCAGGUGCGGCGCACGCGCGACGGCUUCUUCACCCUGGACGGUGCCCUCCUGAGGACCCAGUGGGACCUACCCAGCAUCCAGGCCGCCAUCCAGGCCGCCGCGCCUCGGGUAGCAGCAGAGCUGGAGAAGAGCUUGAGGCCGGGGCUGGGCACCCAGCAGCUCCCUGGUCCAGGACGGUCCUGGGACUCCAGGGGGCCAAGCUCUGCCUUGGGCCUGGAGACCCGUGCGGGGCAUUGAAAGGCCAGGCAGCUGGUGGAGCAGCGAGUAUAUAAAGACAAGAAUUGUUCAUGAGCUGGAACUGGUGAUUAUGCAGAACGUGAGGUGGGGAGAGCUUUUUCACACGUGACAGAAAACCCUGAAGCAGUAAGAGAAAAGAUCAACGGAGUUCCCUGGCAGUCCAGUGGUUAGGACUCUGCACUUUCACGGUUGUGGCCCUGGGUUCAAUCCCUGGUCUCAGAACUAAGAUCCUGAAAACUGUGUGGGGCGGCCAAAAAAAAUUUUUUUUAAUAAAUAAGUUAAAAUAAAAUAAAUAAAAUAAAAAUUAAAAAAUAAAAUAGAUUAAAUAAAUAAAAAAAAAUACUCCUGCCCUAACCAACAAGGACCUACUGUACAGCACAGAGAACUAUAUUCAAUAUUUUAUAAUAACCUAUAAGGGAAAAGAAUCUGAAAAAGCAUGUGUGUGUGUGUGUGUGUGUCACUGAAUCACUUUCCUGUAUACCUGAAACUAACAACACUGUAAAUCAACUAUAUUUUAAUAAAUAAACACUCCUGUGAUUCAGCAGGAACAGUUCUAGGAAU